CUUGAAUGAAAAGUUUUCUCAUCUCGCAGCUCGCACUCGCUCUCUUCGAUCGACUUAGGUACUGCAGCAAAAGCAAAAAUAUUCGCAAAUACCAGAAAGUUUGUAAUUUUGGUCUUGAAUUAAGUGACACACAAAAUUCUAAAACACAAACUAUCUUCAAAAUAAAGUGAAACCUGUGAACAUUCAAUUAAUCAAAGUAAAAGUCUUCAUUCCAUCGAAUUAAACACCACAAAAUGAUGGCCACAAAGAAAAUCGAGGAAGGUCAGGAGCUAAUGCGACAAGCAGAAAAAAGUUUGAAAACAACUUUAUUGAAAUGGAGACCCGAUUAUGAUGUAGCUGCAGAUGAAUACAGCAAAGCAGCAACUUGUUUCCGUAUUGCAAAGUCAUUCGAUCAAAGCAAGGAAUGCUUUUUAAAAGCCAUCGAUUGCCACAAAAACAAUCGUUCUUGGUUCCAUGCAGCUAAAUGCUAUGAACAGAUUAUUAUUGUCUUGAAAGAAACAAACAAUUUGUUGGAAAUUGAACCAAAUGCAAACAAAGCAUGUAAUUUAUAUCAACAACAUGGUUCACCAGAAGCUGGUGCUUCUGCUUUGGAUAAAGCAGCUAAAAUAUUAGAAAAUCCACAUCCAGAAAUUGCCCUAAGAUUGUAUCAACAUGCUAUGGAAGUUGUUUUGAAUGAAGAUUCAACCCGACAAGCAGCUGAAUUUGCCACAAAAGUUUCACGAUUAUUAGUUAAACUUCAAAUGUUCGAUCAAGCAGCUGAUGCCAUUAGACGUGAAAUCAGUUUAAAUCAAGUCACUGAAUCAUUCUCACAAAUCGGAAGACUUGCUGUGGGUUUGGUGUUGGUACAAUUGGCCCGCGGUGAUUUUGUUGCUGCCGAAAAAGCAUUCAAGGAAUGGGGUAAUUGUUGUGAUCCUCAGGAAGUUCAAACUUUAGAAAUGCUUCUACAAGCAUUCGACGAUGAAGAUCCAGAACAAGCCAAACGAGCACUAUCAUCACCUUUCAUCAGGCACAUGGAUGUUGAGUACUCGAUAUUGGCCCGCGAUCUACCACUCCCCAAGGGUAUUGCAACUGCACCUAAGGCGUCGGUUAUUGAAAAUGCAACAGCGUCAUAUAAAUCACCAAAUGCUGGCUCAUCUCCAGCGCAACCUCCAUCCGCUGCCGAAGCUCCCGAAGAGGAAGACGAUGAAGAAGGAGGUUUAUGUUAGUUUCUUAAAUUAGUAAAUGUUUUCCUUUUAUAAACUUCUACUACAUACCUACUGCUCUUUACUGUAAAACAAAACAAAAAUCAACAAAACAUGCACUUAAUUAAUAUUACUAUAUAUAAAAUAAAACAAAACAAAGAAAAUAAAUGUUAAUAUAUGAAAAAAAGCUAAAAAUAAGUAAAAAGAAAAAAGUGACCUCAAAAGAAAAAAACAAAAUAAAAAUAAAAAACAACAAAAGUAAAAAACUUGAUAUUCGUUUUUAAAUUUAUUAAUUAUUAUGUAUAUGUAAAACUUCCAUUCUAGUUUCUGAACCUUUUUCUCUCCAUUAGUUUUUAAGAAAAUACAAAAUUUAAAAAAAAAAGUGAAAAAGUAACGAGUACAUUAUGACUCACAGGAGCGAAAAAAAACCUUUUCAUAAAUAUUCGUAGUUUAUUAUUAUUAAAAUUAUAUAUAAAUAUAUAUAUAUCUUGUAAAAGAAAAUGUUAUUUGUUAAUUUAUAAAGAAAACAAAAGUAAAUAUAUAUAUAAAUAAAUAUAUAUCUAUAAAUGUAUAAUGUAAACAUUAAGUACAAUUAAUAAAAAAAAAAUAAAAGAAAACAUUAAAAAAACAGUUUAUGACUUGUACAACUUUUUACUAAAUAUAUCACCACCAAAAUAUUAAAGUUUGCUAAGCAGCUUUUUUAAAUAAAUAAUAUAAAAAGCUUAUUAAUAACAAAUAAGUGAAAAAGAGAACUAGCUAAAGCUUCAUUGACAAAACAAACAAAUAAAACAAAAUAAAAUAUAGUGCAAUUAAAAACAAAUCAAAAACAUUAAAACAAAACAACGGAAAUAAAUAACUUUAAAAA